GGGCAAUUGUUGAACAUCAAAUAUAAACACAAAAUAGGCGUGACAAUUUCACUAUUACUUUUAAAUUUAUUAUUUUUUUAGGGAGAUUGCAGUGUUUUAGUCUUAUUUAAAAUGUCACAAAACAUGAUUGUAACAGUUAAUUUGGAUAUGCUUCACAGUUUAUACGAUUUCAAAGCCACUUACUCAAAAACUUUAAGCUUUAGAACCAACGAAUAUUUCAUCUUACACCAAACAAACACAAAACACAAGAAUUGGUGGGAAGUAAUCAAUGAAAAAGGAGAAAUGGGAUACAUUCCUUCCAAUUAUGUUGAGACUGUUACAGUAAAACCUGCAUUUUAUUUACAUUACUUGGAAAAAUGUUUGGAGAAUCUGAGAAUGAAUGAGAUAAAUGUGGAAGGUUCAAUAAGUGACAAAAAUGAAAUAAUCUUAAGACUGAAAGAGAUACGAAGGCAGAUUGAACAAUUGCCCAUAGUUUCAAGAAAAACUGCAGGUGAUCUGCCUCCCUUGUUAUACAAAAAUUCUGAAGGAAAGAUUGACACAAUUAACAACAGUCCUGGCACUGGAAGCAGUUAUUCUUCAAAUAAAUCAGAGCAGAAGAACAACAAAAACAUUGAAACAUCACCAAAGAACUCCAAAAACAUUAAAAAGUCUUUAGAAAACGUUCCCUCUGAAGUCAAGUCUGAAAAUCACUCAGAAAGCAAAACAAACAUCAAAACAGACUCAGCCAGUUCACAAAAUGUCUCACCACCAAUUACACAACAAUCUGUGUAUGAUUUAGUUGAAAGUGUUAGAAUUAACACACAACUAUCACAUGAAAUGUCGCGAAUAGCUGUUGGCACAGUUAUCCAAGGACUGCAUGAACUUCUGCCAGCCUCAGUGUUUCCUUAUCUGAGCACUAUUUUAUCCCAUUCCCAAACUUCAAUGGUGGUUGAUGAUGUACAAAUAGACCAAACACAUGAUGCAAGCAGACUGAAAAUCAUAUUUAAUGAACUGACUUCAUGCAAGGAAGACUCACAACAAAGAAGUUGGAUGCUUCAUGAAGAUGAGACUGUUAUCAAGGAAUAUAUCACUGAACUGAUUUCAAUUUUGUCCAACGCAGACGCAAGUAUAUCCAGGCACGUAAUAUCAUCAAAUCAGUACCACGUCAUUACGACACUUAUCCAGUACUACCAAAUGGAGUACAGAUGGUCCAUAAGGCAGCUCUUGCUUCAGGCGUUUGGAGUUCUGUGCAGCUUGGAUAAAACAGUUGUCAGCAUAAUGUUGAGCUCUGUUUUGCCUGGAGAACUUGCCAGAGAUAUGAUGGCUAAUCCUAGGAACAUACCAAAGUUAAAUUAUUCAGCGUUGCUGUUGACCAUGAUUUUUUCAAUGGGAGAACUCAUGCCCAUCACUCAUUUAGACAUAUUGGGUAAAACUUUUUUGCGCUACGUUCUUGAUAACAUAGAGUAUCCACCUGAUACAGAUGUCGACGAACAAAUACCGGACCUCUUUCUCAAUCUAAUCAUCUCAUUUAAUCUACAGUUUGGCGAUGAAAACGAUAAUCCGGUUUUGAGAGCUUUAGAGGAAAGGGAUGUUGCCAAAACAUUGACGGAGAAAAUACUGCUGCUUUUGAACAGAGAAGAGGACCCCGUAAGAAUAUUCGACCACGAACCUGCACCUCCCCAUUCCCUUUUGAAAUUAUUUUACGACCUUUUCAGUUCAAAGUCAACUGCUGAUUUGUUUUAUACCAAUGAUAUUAAAGUCUUGAUAGACAUUAUUGUAAGAAAUAUAUCAGAUUUAUCGCCUGGCGACAGUAGGCGGAAACAAUACCUGGAACUUUGCAGGAGAGUCAUGCGGAAUACCAAUUACGACGAACACAGACACAGAAACGACGAAAUAUUAAAAUGUUUUACCAGAAUUUUUUGCGAGGAAACUGAUUUAAGCAAACAAGAUCAAAAAUUAGUCAGGGAAAUAUCGAAUGAAUUUCCGAUGUAUUUUAAAACGAUUCAGUAAAGACGUCACUGCACAGCAUUCAACAUUUUCUAUGAAAUUACAUAUAAUAAUCUUUAAUGUUUCUUUAUAAAUAUGACAUGGCACUAAUAAUCAUACAUAUUUUGUAGUCGUCCUGCCAAAUUUGUUGCUUCACGUCAUUUAUCUUAAAAAUACGUGUUAAAUUUAAUAAAUCUCCUUUAAAAGCUCAUAUCUUUGGCUUCCAUGAACGUAAAUGUUGUAAACGAGAAUUAGAAUAUAAAAAAUAAUGUGUGGGAUUUAAAAUGCACAUUUAACAACUGUUUUAUAUCUACGUACUGUUAGAACACCAAUAGUAAAGAAUAUUUUUACAUUUCAAACAAAUAACUGUUGUAAGUGCACAAAUAAAUUUUAGUUUAUGAUAUUUAUUUAACAGUUGUUGAAGGAAUAAUUUCUGCAUGUGCCAAAUCAACGAAAAAUAAAAAAUUCAUAAAUAUUUUAGAGGUCUCGUAGGAAGUAGAUACAUAUGUAUAUGGAAAUGUGUAAUCAUUGUGAAUUGAUAAUUGUGAUGUCGGAUGGUCAGUAGAAGUUGUGCUAAACUAUAUUUAAAAACUCUAUGUGAUACUAUAAUCUAAACUUACAAUUAAUUUAAUAUUUUAUUCAAAGAACCUUUCAUAAGGCAGAAAUUGUACAGGGCCCAAUUUAACUAGCAAUGUUUAUUGGGUUAUCAUCAUUGUUAUCGUUAUAGGAUAUAUUAUAUGUAAUAUGGAUUAUUUUAUAAAACCACCUCUACGCUUCGUUUGUAGUUUUCACAUUUUAUAUAUAACUGCUGUUAAUUUAAUUUUAAUGACGCCUUAAAAGUGGCUGAGAAAGCAUGCAAAUAUUUCUAUAUAAUGCUUCUUUAAUUACUACGUUAAUCUUCAAACUUAUAAAUUAAUGGCAGUUUGGAGAAUUUAAAAAUAUAUAUUUACUAGAUAUUCUCGUAAUAAUUCGUAUAAAACUUUUCAUUGCAGUUUUGAUGUUGUAACUAGAAUUUUAAUGUUUAUGUAUAAUAUUCAGCAAUUUUGAUUAGAUUUUAUUGCUGGAUUGUUGCUUAGUGUAAUAUGGUACAAAAAUAUUAAAUAAGACACAAUUGAAAUUUUAAAAUUAUAUUUAUUUAUGAAAUAAAUUUAUACAAAUAGGUUUGUAAUUAAAAUAAAUAUUUUGUUAUAUGUAACAUAUUCUGUUCAUAUAUAUUGUAGAUUUUAUUAAAUAAUAAAAAUGCACUUUGGACUUCAGCACAA